GAAAGCAUUUCCCAUAGUGGAGGUCCAGGUGCUGAGGAAAAAGCAAAAGGAAAGAGAUGAAAGAACUUGUAACCAAGAUUGCUUGUGCUGGUAUUAACAGCACAAUUCAGUUUCCAUUUGGAAUCUUCACAGCAAGAAGAUGAAUCCAUGAAGAAGGAAACAUACAAAGCUACAACAUGGAGGAGGAGUCCAGAACAUACCUGUAGAGCUGUGUCUUCUCUUUCUCCAAGCUCUGCCAAAGGUAUGUGCUGUUACAUAGCAGUUGCACGUGAAGAGAAGACGGAGUGGAAGUCACUGUCAGAGGAUCCUGUCCUCCUAAGCCGGGCCUGAAGAGCUCAGCCAGCUGACUGGCACAUAAACAAAAUCCAGAAGUGAAAAAGGCAAGUCCCUCCGCCACAAUGAGCUCUGAACACGAAGAAAUUGAUGUUGCAAAAACUGUUGUUAAUGGGCUGAGCAGCAAUGGACGAGAAAAAGCUGUUGAUGUCCCUUUAUGUACACGCUCUAUUUCUGCCGUUAAAAUAAUCCCUGUGAAGAAAGUGAAAAGUUCUCCUCACCUAGUGCUGCCUACAGAAACAGAUCCCACUAGAGUCUGCAGUGGAAAAGGAGCUGUGACCCUCCGGGCAUCUCCAGCCUACCAAGGGAAUCAGAAUAUCACUUCACCGUGUCCUCAGAGUGUCGAGCAACCUGAAAGUCUGGAGCCAGAAAACCCAGAAACAGAUGAUUGGAGGUCGUCAUCUAACACUGAUGCCAAUGGGGAUGCCCAACCAUCUUCUCUGGCUGCCAAGGGUUAUAGGAGUGUGCGUCCGAACCUUUCCUCAGACAGCAAGCCACAGGAUGCCACUGCCACCACCACAGCUCAGCCUGGGGUUAUAGUAGUCCCCCUCCUUCAGGUUAAUCCAGAAAGACAGCAAGAAGGCAGCUCCAGCACUCCACCACCACCUCUGGUUCCUUUUGGGCAAGGCUCCACAUUCCCUGAGAUUGUUCCUCCUGGCUCACCCUUGACUUUUCCGACUCUAGACGAUUUCAUUCCCCCACAUCUCCAGAGGGGUUCCCACCAUAACCAAGCACCCUCCACAUCUGGCACAUUACCCUCUGUUUACCCGAAACUGGCAUUCUUCUCAUCACCACCUUCACUUGUCCCUCCAGUCACGGGGACUUUACACAGGGGCUUGAAGCCUGAAAUCACUGGAGUCAUCUCACGUACAGACCCAAGUCCUGUCCUAAAUGAAGUGCCCCAGUCUGGCACUGGCACUGACUAUCCAACCUCCUUCACUUCAAUCAACAAGUCUUCCUCUGCCUAUCCAUCUACCACAAUCGUCAAUCCCACUAUUGUCCUCUUGCAGCACAAUCGAGAACAGCAAAAAAGGCUUAGUAGCCUGGCAGAUUCAGUGCCAGAUAGACUACUUUCUGAUAAAGUUGAUUCAGCACUUAUACGGGACAAGCCACUUCAGGAGACAGUGCCAAGUGAGAAGAGAGCAAUGGAGGAAAAGAGAAGCACUGUCAAGAGCCCUCAGCACAUGGCUGAUACCUCUGUUGAUGAUAUUGGCAUUCCACUGAGGAAUACAGACAGAUCAAAGGACUGGUACAAGACAAUGUUCAAACAGAUCCACAAGCUAAAUAGAGAUGAAGAUUCUGAUUCAUACUCUCCUCGUUAUUCCUAUUCUGAGGACAGCAGAACUCAGCUUUCAGUUCCCCGCUCCAAGAGUGAGAUGGACAAUAUUGAUUCAGAGAAGGUUGUUAAGAGGUCUGCCACUUUGCCACUGCCAAACCGUACUUCAUCGUUGAAAUCAAGCCCAGAAAGGACUGACUGGGAGCCUCCAGACAAGAAGGUGGACACCAGAAAAUACCGUGCAGAGCCCAGGAGCAUUUAUGACUAUCAGCCAGGAAAGUCUUCGGUUCUGAACAAUGAAAAGAUGACUCGGGAUAUAAGCCCAGAAGAGAUAGAUUUAAAGAAUGAACCUUGGUAUAAAUUCUUUUCGGAAUUGGAGUUUGGGAAACCGCCAUUUGUUCACCUGCCUCCAAAAAAGAUUUGGGAUUAUACUCCUGGAGAUUGCUCUAUCCUUACUAGAGAGGAUAGAAAGACUGAUCUAGAAAAAGACCUCUACCUCUACCAGACUGAGUUAGAGGCAGAUUUAGAAAAAAUGGAGAAGCUUUAUAAAGCGCCACAUAAAAAGCCGCAGAAGAAUACAGCACGUGUCACUCCUCUGGAAACUUCCACAGACCAUUCUUCCUACUCUGCAUAUUCACCCAACUACCAUGCAGUGAAGAGGGAAUCAGAACCAGACCCUGCUGGCUUGGAGAAUGAAAGGCAGAUUUACAAGAGUGUGCUGGAAGGUGGAGAUAUCCCAUUCCAGGGGCUGAGUGGCCUCAAGCGACCUUCUAGCUCUGCUUCCACAAAAGUGGAUCGUAAAGGUGGGAAUGCUCAUAUGACUGCACCCUCUUCAGUUAAUAGCCGAACCUUUAACGCUAGUCAUACCGGUAUGUUAGGUCACGCAUGUAAACAUAAGAAGCCCUUAUCAGCUGCAAAAGCCUGCAUUACUGAAAUCCUCCCUUCUAAAUUCAAACCCAAACUAGCAGCUCCAGCUGUUCUUGUGCAGGACAAGAAGGGUAUCUUGCUGUCUCAUGAGAAAGCUCAAAGCUGCGAAAACCUUCGUAGCUCCAUUACCUUGUUUCAUAAUAAAAAAGCUUUCAUAGUAGACAUAGGGGAAAGCAUAGAAAACAUGUUGAUGAAGUCAAAACAGGAGUAUGCCAUCAAAUCUGGCAGUACUAUGAGCCUGCAGGAGUAUGGCACCAAUUCUAGGAAAGGCUACCUGUUCCCUGCCUCCAGGAAGAGUGGGAUGGAGUUUACAAUGCUGUAUAAAGACAUGCACCAGAUCAACCGGUCCAGGAUCGAUCUGAGCACAGUCUCCUCCUGCAGUGUGAGGGAUAUUGCAUCUCAGUUUGAGAAUGAAGCAAAGGACAGGAUGGAGCACAGUCUUAGUCGAGAGGAUUCAGAGCAGAUCCCCAAACACACUGUUUCCUCCCGUAUCAGUGCUUUUGAGCAGCUGAUCCAGAGAUCCCGAUCAAUGCCCUCACUUGACUUUUCCACUGGACAAAACAAGUUCACCACUUCUCUCCAGUCUAAAACUUGCCUGAGUUCAGCCUACUCUGCAGAGUUUCUUCUGGAUUUGCCAAAAGCACACCAAGAAGAGAAGGAUGCUACCAGCUUGGCAGAUAAAUCAUCUCGCUCCUGCAGCAACAUGGAGGACACAGCUUCAGAUGUCAGUGAUGCCAUCCCUAUGGACACACUUUCAGCUUGUACAGAUGAAAUAGAUCUCCUCUCAAAUGCGUCCAACGACAGCGGUGGCAGCAGCAACCUCAGUGGGCCUCAGAAGCAUAAAAUCAACAGAUGCAAAGGCUCAUGCCCGGCUUCCUACACCAGGUUCACUACCAUCCGAAGGCAUGAGCAGCAGCAGACCUCCAGGAACCCUGAUGCCAAAGGGGAUGUCUAUGGGGACAGACACAUGCUCCCCAGAAAUGUCUACCUAAUGAGCCCGCUGCCCUUCCGAUUGAAAAAGCCCUUCCAACACAAAUCCCGCAGGACUCCACCCCCAGACUGCCUGGGAAGCCCGGCAGUACCCAACCCUGAGAACCCAGACGACCCUAUACAGCUACAGGGAAGCAUAGGAGACAAAAGUCACUACUUCCAGCACCAACUGUGCUCCACCAGAAGCAGGCCUCUAGCCCCCAUGCGCCUGUCUUCCUAUGACAUUGUGGAGAGGCUUAGCUACUUCCCCACCAUGGGAUCUAGCCAAGAUAGCUUCAUGGGCCGGGCUGAUACUCCUGACUCCUUAAACAAUAUGAACCCUGUUCCAUAUGCCCUCUGUCACAGCCUGGACACAAACAACAACCCGCAAAGUGAACUUGGGACGUACCUAGGAGAUUCAGAAUCACCAAGGCAUUUUGCACCAGUUGAUUACAUGGAAACUCCAGAAGAAAUUAUCCGCAGACGGCAUGAUGAUAAAGAGAAACUUUUAGAGGACCAGAGACGGCUUAAACGUGAGCAAGAAGAAGCUGAUAUUGCAGCUAGAAGGCACACAGGGGUUAUUCCAACGCACCAUCAGUUUAUCACUAAUGAGCGAUUUGGGGACCUCCUAAAUGUAGACGAUACAGCAAAGAGGAAAUCUGGGUCAGAGAUGAGACCUGCUAGAGCCAAGUUCGACUUUAAAGCACAGACGCUAAAGGAACUUCCUCUGCAAAAAGGAGAUAUUGUUUACAUUUACAAGGAGAUUGACCAGAACUGGUAUGAAGGCGAACACCAUGGCAGAGUUGGCAUCUUCCCACGAUCAUACAUAGAGCUCCUCCCACCAGCUGAGAAAGCUCAGCCCAAAAAGACAUCACCAUUGCAAGUAUUGGAAUAUGGAGAUGCUAUUGCCAAGUUCAACUUCAAUGGAGAUACCCAAGUGGAAAUGUCCUUCAGAAAGGGUGAAAGGAUCAUAUUGAUUCGACGAGUGGAUGAGAACUGGUAUGAAGGAAGAAUCUCUGGCACCAAUCGUCAAGGCAUCUUCCCUGUCACUUACGUGGAAGUGCUCAAGCGGCCAGUGGUCAAGAAUGCCAUUGACUAUCCUGACCCACCAAUGUCCCUCUCCCCUAACCGCAGCAUGACAGCUUCACCACAGUCUCCCAGCUCUGAGCAGCUCCAUACACCAACUCCUCCGCCUUUGCCUUUCGCACGCCGCGCCUUAUCUCCAGAGGUGCAGGCGGUCACAUCUGAGUGGAUUGCUCUGACGGUGGGAGUAUCUCCUAGCCCCACUCCUGCCAUAACUCCUCCAUUGCCUCCUCCGCCCGAAGCCUCUCUCUCUCACACUGGCUAUCUCUCGCCUUCUGCUGCAGCCAGCCCUUCCCCCACAGUCAGCCUCCACCAUUCUCACCUCUCUGGCUCCUCAACUCCCAGGUCCAUUAAAUCCCCAUUGCCCUCUUACUCAUCCAGACCUCAGUCCUCCACCCACAGUUUCUAUGAGGCCACUCCACAAAGUGAAGAAAAGUUUGUUGGUUCCCCUUCUGCCAGCAUGAGCUACUCUAAUUCCUCUUGCUGGGCAGCGGAGAGCCCUGAAAGCAUCCUCACAGAGCAGCGUGACACUACUGGCAGCCAACCCUGGCUCCAAAAGACUGGAGAGGGCAGCAGCAACCCUGAGCAGGGUGCUCACACUGUUCCCAAGAUCUCUGUUGAGCGCUGCCUGAAACCAUCCCAACUAGACAUGCGUGUGAGCCCAGAAAAGAGACCUGUGGGUUCGUCUGAGGACAACCAGUUGUGUCAGGAGCUAAUGGCUAUUGUGCAGGGAGGUAAAACAGAGAAAAGAGGCAUGAGGAAAGGUGAUCUGGGAAAGUUUCAAAGCGGGGAAAAGAAGACUGCAGACUCAAAAGCAUUCUCUUCAUCUGCUCCUCUCCCUUCCUCUGCCCUCUCUUCCUCUACUGUCACAACACAGCCACCUCCCAGACUUACAUGCAGAGUCAAUAAGCCACAGCCUUCCCACCAUUCAUUGAGAGCUGGACCAGAUCUCACAGAGUCUGAAAAGAGCUAUGUGGAAGCAGUUUGCAAUGAGAUCAUAAACAUUGCAGAAAAGUCUGUUCAUUACUGCAGUACUAUUGCUGAGCCUCUUGACUCUCGCCACAAGGUGACCUCUAAUGACCAUAAACCAUCUCUCAUCAUUUCUCAGCAACCUCAAGCACAGCAGCAAGGAACCAGCCCUGACAGAAGUCAAACACCAAGAGACAUAGUUAGCUACCAAGCCCUCUACAGCUACACUCCUCAGAAUGAUGAUGAGCUGGAACUGAGGGAUGGUGACAUUGUCGAUGUCAUGGAGAAAUGUGAUGACGGCUGGUUUGUGGGUACAUCCAGGAGAACAAGGCAAUUUGGCACCUUCCCAGGCAACUAUGUGAAGCUUCUGUACCUGUAAAAUAACAGUGAUCCCACCAUGACAGUGAUGGGUUUUCCAGAUGGCAUUUUUAAACAGUGAAGAAACAGACAAUUUAUGAAUGUAAUAGAGAAGAGACAAGACGUGUUAGGAGGAUGUGGUUAUGUGGUGCAGUAUUGAGUUGAAUGUGUAACCCUGCUUCAGUGGAUUCAGGGUGUGAUUUGUUUGCUGAAGAAGAGACAGUUUCUAGUUUACAGUGCUGCCUUUGUGUAUUCCUCUUCCCUCCCCAGCAAGAGUUCUGAUGAUAAUCUUAAUUUGUAUGGAGUAAUUACCUCUGAGAAGGCUUCAGGGAAGCACAUGGUAUAAGUUUUGUUUGUGUGUUGAGAUAGGAUAAUGCUUUGGGACAGUAUGCACCCUUGCAGCUGCUCCCUUUCACUGGCAAGGUUCAGGGAGGCCAGGCUUUCUGCCCAGUUUCUGCCCCCCCGAAGACUCACUUUGCUCUGCCUUCCACUUCGAUAGAAAACCCUUCCUUCAUGACGUGCACCUUAAGACCCAGCAGAGGCAGAGGACAACUGAUACGGUCAAACUGCAGAGCUCUGUGUGGAAAAGGAGUUUGGGACUUGUGGUUUAAUCUGUUUAAUCUGUGCAGCCAAACCAUAAUGCAAACGUGAAAAUCCCAAACUCUUUAAUAACGUAUGACCUUAUCUCUGCAGGGUUUUUUUCUUUUGUGCAGGGUGUGUGUGUGUGAGUGUAUUGUGUGCAUCAAAUCGAACCGAGUCCUGGUUUUUAAAGAGAAAUCAGCGUGGCUUUGACAUUUAUCUGCACAAAGAACAGAACCAAUAAACAGAACAUCCGUGGAAGCGAAUCCUGUUUGAGUGCUGUGGCCAUUCACUUUCUCUGUUCCUCCUGCCCUGUUGUUGGUCCUAAAGGAUCACACACUUUUUGAAGCAUAUUCUUCAGGAUGAAAAUUUUGCUUCUUUCCCAGCAUUGAAUCUUAGAGGCUCUGAUAUAUCUGAGCAACAUAUCACCCGAGGGUGCCUUUUUUUUUUUCCUUUUUGGUUACAGUGUCAACGACAGCUCUCAAAUACAUGCAUUUUGGCUGCAUUUUGUCAUACAAAAUUCUAAUCAAUUUAGAAAGCUGUUCCCAGCAGUUACUACCAGUUACAUAGAUGCAUAUUUCCUUGAGGGGGGAAAAAACCCCCAUGGCUUGGCUGUAUGCUUGCCUCUAAAUCCACUCUUUUGAUAAACAUUUUGUUAUUAAGAAGCAUAAACAAAACCGAUUCUAUCAGACUCUGCUUCCUACAGUUACCAUACAAAUAGCAAAGGGUUAAAUUGCUAUUUUGUCAUAAGCCGUAUUUAAUAAUAUAAAAUGCCUAUUUUUAUGCUGAUGCUUUUAUACAGAUUUAUUAAGAGUAACUACAACUAACUGUUAGCACGACUUGCAAUGUUUUGAUAAACUAGCCAUGCUCCUGGGUUUGAAAUCAAGUAGGCUUGUCUUCUGCCUAGUUCAGUGGAAGACUCAUUGUCUCAGAAGUUUGACUGUAAAUAUGUAUAUUUAACUUUGUACAGACAAUGUACUUACCUUGUAUAGAAAAAAUAACUUAAACACAUUGAGAGAAGGGAGGGGGAAAAAAAGGCAGUUGUGAAAGGUUGGGAUUUUUUUUCCACUUUUAUUUAAAUGAUGGAAUUCCAUGUAUGUUCACAUAAAGAGUUUUAGCACAAAAUAUCCAUUACGAAAGGUUUUCAGAUAUGACACAAAGCACCACUGUUUCUUUUCUGCAGGAGAUAUCUUUAAUCCUGUAUCUUAUUUAUGGGUUUGUUUUUCUGCUUUGGGUUUGCCCUCCAGUUAUUUGCAGCAAUAUUUAGGUCUGUUGCUAAGAUUGAAUAACACCAAAUUAAUCUAUCCAGCAAAGUGACAUGAUGAUACUGACUGUAUAUAACAUACUCACUUAAAGGUUUAUUUUUUGUUCUUGCUCUUGCCAUUUUAAGUUACACACACACACAUGCACACACACGCAUACAAACUGCAACUUAUUUUUGUGUUGAUUUUUUGUUCCUUAUUGCAGUGGAUUACUAUUCGACAAUUAAUAAACGGAAUUACUGAAUUA